AUGGAAACUUUCUACUUCAUCCCAUCUCUCUUCUUCCUCGUCCUCUCUUUGAAACUUUUGUUCGGAGCACGACGGCGUAAACUAAACCUACCGCCGAGUCCAACUCGUCCAUUUCCGGUCAUCGGACAUCUCCACCUCCUAAAGCUGCCGCUACACCGUACGUUUCUCUCUCUCCCCAAAUCUCUAGACGGUGCCUCCAUUUUCUCCCUUCGCCUAGGCACACGUCUCGUUUUCGUUGUCUCUUCUCACUCCGUCGCGGAGGAAUGUUUCACCAAAAACGACAUCGUUUUAGCUAACCGGCCGGAGUUUAUCUUCGGAAAGUAUAUCGGAUACAAUUCAAGCACCAUGGUCAGUGCGGCUUAUGGUGACAGCUGGCGGAACCUCCGUCGUGUUGGCACCAUUGAGAUCUUCUCGUCUUUUAGACUCAAUAGCUUCUUAUCCAUCCGUGAGGACGAGAUCCGACGGCUGAUAUUCUCUCUAUCCAACAACUCUCAACAAGAAUAUGCAAAGGUGGAGAUGAGAACAUUGUUUAUGAACUUGACUAUAAACAACAUCCUUAGGAUGGUGGCCGGAAAGAGAUUUUACGGUGAUGAAACAGAGGACGAUGAUGAGGCAAGACACGUGAGGCAGUUGAUCGCCGAUGUGGCUGUUAGCAGCGGCGCUGGAAACGUGGCAGACUAUUUCCCGAUCCUUCGUUUGAUAACGAGUUACGAGAAACAAGUGAAAAAGCUAGCGGGUCGAAUUGACGAGUUCUUACAGAGUCUAGUGGACGAGAAACGUGCGGAGAAAGUAAAGGGUAACACUAUGAUCGAUCACUUGCUUUCUCUCCAAGAAACUCAGCCUGAUUAUUACACGGAUGUUAUCAUCAAAGGAAUCAUACUUGUUAUGAUAAUUGCUGGGACUAAUACAUCAGGAGGAACUUUAGAAUGGGCGAUGGCUAACUUGUUGAACCAUCCAGAAGUAUUGGAAAGGGCAAGGACCGAGAUCGAGGAGCAAAUCGGUUCAGACCGGUUAAUAGAGGAACAAGACAUUGUGAAACUUCCUUAUCUACAGAACAUUACGUCAGAGACAUUACGGCUAUAUCCUGUGGUUCCAAUGCUUCUCCCUCACAUGGCGUCAGAAGACUGCAUCGUGGCAGGGUACGACGUCCCACGUGGCACGAUGGUAAUGGUGAACGCAUGGGCCAUUCAUAGAGACCCAAACAUGUGGGAAGAGCCGGAGAAGUUCAAGCCAGAGAGGUUUGAGAAAGAAGGUGAGGAUAAGAAGAUGUUGUCUUUUGGGAUGGGAAGACGAGCUUGUCCUGGUUCAGGGCUAGCUCAGAGGCUUGUGACUUUGGCUCUGGGUUCGUUGGUUCAAUGUUUCGAUUGGGAGAGAGAUGGAGAAAAAUAUGUGGACUUGACAGAAGCUGAGAAAGGAACUAUCAUGCGCAAAGCUGAACCGUUGAAAGCUAUGUGUAGAGCUCGUCCUAUUGUCCACAAGAUUUUAGAUGCUUCUUGUUCAUAAGCUUAUUUAUCUUCCAAACGGUUAAUAAUAUAUAUCGUAAUGCUACUGAUUUUGUUGCUUCUUGUAUAUACUGUUACGAGUUGAAGUUGGAUUCAUUUAAAAUAAUUAUGUAAAUCGAACAUAAGUUCAGUAGAUUUGUAACCAAGUUUUUUAGGAA